UCAAUAAAUCGUGAGUAUAUAACAUGCCUAGGUGAAAUGAUCGGGCGAUUCGGACCAAGCGACCGACAAAAAUUCAUUCGCUGGUUGAGGACAAAGGCCGCCAAUCAAGUCACCAUAAACUCGGCUGACCGGCACUCGAGUUAUUCUCUGCUAAGAACUCUCCGCCGAGCAGGAGAGGGACAUUGACGGACCUCGGUACUUUCCCAAGUGAUUAAUUACAACAACUCCAACAACCCCAGACGGUGUCAUGAUCUGUUUCCAUCUGUUAUUUUUAUUCCUGUGAUCAGUCUCUUGUGAAUCUAUCUUCUGUAUCAUCGCGAUCACAACGUCAAGCCUCAUUUAACCCUACAUCGCCACUAAAACCUCUCCCUACCGCGGCUUAGAUUUCACCUCGUUUCACAGACCUACCGAUCCCCAUCCAGCCCGUCUGUUGGGUGGCGCACCGCAUCGAUCGGAACCUACCUACCCUAUCCCUAUUCAACCAUAUAAACCAGACUCCUCCACCAUGUCGAAGACAUUUACCGCUGCCGAUGUGGCCAAGCACGAUCAGAAGGCGAAGGAGAUGUACCUGAUCGUCGACGGCACAGUUUACGAUGUCACCAACUUUGUUGAUGAACAUCCUGGUGGAGCCAAGAUCCUCAAGAGAGUCGCUGGCAAAGAUGCGAGCAAACAAUUCUGGAAGUAUCACAACGAGUCAGUGUUGAAGAAAUAUGGCGCCAAGCUGAAGAUUGGCGAGGUUGGAGACAAGGCCAAACUAUAGAGAACUGUGAGCUUGUUGGUUGGAUAGUCAAAGGCCAGAGACUCGCAAGUCCUCGUGUGGCAUGGCUGUCGCUGACUGAACCAUAUCUUUCUCCUUGGUGGACACGAUUGGUUGACAUGGUGAAUGGCAAUGGCGUUGGCGGAUGCAAUCUUCAAAGAUUGGCGCCGUGGUCGGUGGUCAUGUCAGGGGACUGACUUGCUACACAAGAGACGCUUACAUGUACAGUUUGGUACAUCUGCAAUAUAUGUACAUAGACCGUCUUAGAACAGAUACAUCUGCCGGGGUUCGGUCAAUGUCAUCACGACACUUUCGCCUUUAUUGGCUUUCGUCCUAGCUU